AUGGGUGUGGUUGGUGAUGAAUGGCAUCAAACACCAAAUACACGCGAAUGGCGGAAAAGAACUAAAGCUGCGCCUGCUAUAUCGGAAGCGGGUAUCGCUCAAGAGAAACUAGAUGCGAAUGACUCGUCCGGGUUUGUUACGCCUCCUAAUGAGCUAGAAGCCGAUACGACAAUGCAAGCCGACGAGACAGAGGAACAAGGGGAUGCCACAACAGCUAUGCAGCGGGAGGAGUCGCAAGGACCCACCAUGCCAGGUGGACAUAUACAUGGUCUAAUAGCGGAUCCCUCGGACUAUCAUAAGGACGGGCUAGGGAAGAGUAAUGGCGCGCGUGAGCUGAUCAUGGCAUCAUUGCGGCUUCCGUCUUUGCUAGGAUUGGAAGACUCCGCCAGUGGGUAUACAGGGUUUCUCCCUUGGACAAGAGAAACUGAGGCGGAUGGUUCGACCAGGUCGGCUGCAGAGAAAGACCAUGGGAUGGAUAAGCAGCAUGGUAUGAUGCAUAUGGAUGCAGACUCACCUGGGUCCGAAGAAUUUGAGCUCGUCGAGAAAGACCAGGUGAAAGAGGAUUACUUUUCAUACCCGGCGCAGCGUAAAUCACAUCGAUCUUGGAGACCAAGAAGCAAGAGUAAGAGGCCUAGAGCUUCAGUGGCACGGCUAGCGGAUGAUCAUGAUGACUUACGCUUCUCAUCGCCAGCGCAUUCUGAUGUGGAUGAGACAUGGAGUAUCAUUGACGAAGAAGAUCACUCAGUGAAGAAUGGCGCGCCUGAAUUUCAUCCAAGUGCGCCGAGCUCGACAGCACUCAGCAAGACGCUGCAUGAGCUGGAUGAAGUGGAAAUCAAUGAAUUCCUCAAUCACUUUAGUCGGCAUACUCGUGAAGUUCAUUUGCCAGGCGCCGUAAAGCACUUUCUUCGUAUGCCACAAUGGUCGGACUUUGUCUACUCCUCCGAUGAAGAAGAAGAGGAAGGAGCGGAACCAUUUGCUCCUAGUGCAGGACUGGCGGAUCGGCAUCGUCGUUCACGUCUACUUACGCACGUAGACCGUGGCUUGCAUCGACUGGAGAAGCCUGAGAUGGUAGAAGGGGUCACUUUAUCCUCUUCCACUGGGAACCUUCUCAGCUCGAAGGAGAAGGAGGGCCGUUUAUCCGAGCCCAUUGCUUCAUCCAAAGUCCAGGAUUUGCCUACGAGCGCAGCGAAAGAGCUGCCUAUGGUGCCAAAUCCUAUGGAAAGUAAUGUGCGAGGAAGUAUACCGACAACGCCCACAGAUGCUACGCCCAUCCACACACCCUUGUCUUAUGAUUCGGAUACGAACUUGGACAAUGCACCACCGUUUACUGAUAUUACAUUUGCAGACGACAAGCCGUUGCCGCACCAUACAGUGCAGAAGAAGGACGUCACAGGCAUCUCUUCGGAGAUCCAAGAAGAACAUGUGGAUGGUGUGGCCUACUGUAUUGCGUACUUCCUAGCGUUGGUCGAGCAGUAUGCGCCCGAUGAUCUAGACGAAGCACCUGUGACAGAGUACCGCGAGAGUCGUGCACGAUCGCAUGUGGAACGCUUGUACAUUAUUGCGCCGUUCUGGGAGCAGUUGGCGAUCUAUCUUCGUGCGCUGUACAGCUGGGAAGAUAGCCGCCGCACAGCUGCUGCGGCGAUGAUUUACUUUGUAUUAUGGUAUACGGAACUGAUUCCUACCGCCUUCUUUUUAACACUAUUCUACUACGUGCUACAAUUUCGGUAUUUCCCGCAAGAUGAAUCACUACUGCAUCAGCGGGUGCACGAGCGUAUGGUGCGCGGUCAACAUGCGAAUCGCUUAGCUGAGCGUUUGAAGCGACGUAGUCGCUUGGAUAUUCUGGACUUGUACAAGCGGUGGGCGAGUACCUACGGCGUGUUUAGCCAAGUGGCGACGGGCGACGUGGCUGACUUUCAUGAGAAAAUCAAAAACUUGCUAUUAUGGCGCAAUCCCAAAGCAAGUCAGCGUACAGCACUGUUGCUUUUUUUGCUUGUGAUCUUCACCAUGUUCUGCAGUGCUGCACUGGUCCUCAAGACGUUCUUUUUUGGCCUUGGAUUUACUUUUUUUGCGCUCAUGCCGCUGCAAACGCUGUAUCCACGCUACCGCCGUGCGCUCAACCCGCUGUGGUGGGCCGUGCUGGGCUCGCCUACCGAUGCUCAAUGGGCUGUGCAACUUCUUCGUCAGCGUCAUGCUCGAUACCAAGACUGGCUCCUAGCUAACACGGACUCCUACAAGGCAAGUAAAAGCGGUGGAGCUAGUGGAUCCGAUACGCCACACUCCCCGGGAGGUGCCAGCGAUAUGCCGAAAUCCUACUUCAAGCGACGGGAUCCUGCAAACCAUGCGGCGAAGCAGAAGGAGGAGCGGCAAUGGAUGGACAAGCGCAAGUUGGAUUCCUUUUUGUGUCAACACUAUGGUGUACCUGGCCAUCUGGUGGUCACGCCGACACACAUGUAUUUCUCGCCGGUACGUGUCGUCGGCUCAUCAGGGAAACAUUAUGUGACGCGCUUGGAGGAUAUGAUUGGGUUGCGAAAGACGCAUCACAACCGGCUAUGGCUGUGGGAUAGCCAUGGCCUGAAGAUCACGCGACGACACAAAAAUUCACUCAUCCUUUCCAACAUGGCCCGUCGCGAUGAAGCUUUCAAUCUGUUGUUGACGAUGGCAUCGCACCAUAUGGAAGACAUGUAA